AUGGCUCCUGGCGGCGGUGGUGGUGGCGAGUGCGGCAGUUUCGUGCGGCGUCCAUGGGCAAAGGUGUGGCCCUGGCGUCAGCAGGAGAGAGGACGGAAGGCAUUCUGUCAGCAGUGCUGCGCAUGGCUGUUCAUGGACAGGCUCGCGGAUGCUGACUUCAAGUGCAACCACCAGGAGGAGGAGCACCAGAUCGUUCGCAACGUGACGGAGGCUUCGACGACUGGGGCUGGCCAAUCCUCGGAGCAGGGCGUGGCAAAGGCAGGCGCAAGGGUCCUGGAGGAGGAGGUGAUCUACAGCGGCCAGGGGGUUACGGAAAUCAAUCUGGUGGUGGAGGCGGCGGCAAGGAUGACAAGGUGGCCGAACUUCUCGCACAAGCAGCAGCACUGGCUGGUGACGGCGCUUGGAAGCAGAAGAUCGAGGCCCUACGCGCAGAAGCAGCACCACAUCCACCAGCAGCUCAGCAUCCACAGCCUGGAUCCCGCCAGGCGCUCAGAGCAGCAGAAGAUCGAGUACAAAAGGCACAGUGUCAAAAUCGAACUUCAGCGACAUCCCCUCGGCGGCGACCUCAAGUGUGACGGGGCGCAGAACGCGAAGAAGCAGCGCGUGCUGCCCCUGGGCGCCCUCCUGGAGGACGAGGAGAUCGACGUCGACCUGGGCAGCCUCUUCGAGUGCGCGAGCGACGACAACAUCUCGGAGGCGGACAAGCAGGAGCUCGAGAAGAGGAAGAGGCUCUUCCUGGAGGCCGCGAAGGGAGCGGCGAAGGAGGCUUUCGCACAGGCGGCAGCUACACUCAAGCAGCAGAAGCAGCAGGAGUUCCUGGAUCGGAUUCGGAAGAAGCGCAAAGCGGACGCAGCCGAGUUGAAGAAGAAGAUCGACUCGCUCAGGGACGACGUGAUAAUCUUCCCAGAGACGCACGUCGGCGCCGACGGCACGAACGAGAUCGUUGAGCACCUGGACUUCAGGGGCUUCAAGGCGGUGGUCACGCCGUCGGUCAAGAACAAGCGGAGUGAGUUGGCAGGCGGCAUCGGCAUGGCCAUAAGAGGCUUCUUGUCAGUGACGUCUAUGCGACAUUUAGCAGCGAAGAAGGAGCAGGCAGUGGGGCUGCGGGUUUUGGACGGCGAUUGGGAGCCAGGGCCGAUCGACUUCCAGGACAUGGUAGCAGCGCAGUGGCGGUGGCGCGGGCAGUCGGUCCUGGUCAUCGGCAUGUACCUCACGUCGUCGAUCGGCAUGAGCGGCGAGAACCACCAGAAGAUGGCGCGCCUCGCGGCGCUCACGCGCGGCCACAGCGGGCCGUGGGCUGCUAUAGGCGACUGGAAUGCGGAGCCGAGGGAGCUCCAGGCGGCAGGGUGGUUAAGGCUGCUCGACGCGGAGGUGAUCACGCCAACUGACGUCAGCUACACGUGCACGCGCAACCCUGCGCGCAUGCUCGACUACGUGGUGUGCUCGGGGACGUUCUCGAUGAUCGUGGAUAGAGUUGAUACGGAUCGCCAUGACCCUGGGGAUCACUACGGCGUACGAGUCCACUUGAGGGGAGACUCGAGGAUCGCGUUCCAGCGCAACCUGCAGCUCGCGAAGCCCUUUCCCUUGCCAGAUAUGCCGAAGCGGAAGGCGGACCCGAACAGCAAGCGGUCCAGGCAGAAGGCGAAGAAGCAGAGCGAGUAUGAGGCAGGUGCGCUGAGCGCUGCGAGGAAUGCGGAGUCCCCGUCUGGUCGAGGCGAGCGGAAGAAGGACGCGGUCGUCUGCGAGGCGGUGCCGCAGGAGUGCCAGCAGCAGGGCGAGCUGGCGGAGCUCUUCGGCGGGAGCAGCGACGAGGACGGGAUACUCAGCGAGAAUGAGGAGGCCUCGGAGGAAGCUGUCGCCGAGCCGAAGGCGGACGAGAUCUUCGACCUGGAGAUCGAGAAGCGCAACCUCCUGUGGCACGGGAAGUACCGCACGGCGGUCGCCGAGGACCGCAUCGCUUGGAGGCAGCCAGCGCAGUACGUGAAGCAGACGCUCGCCUACACCUUCGACGAGGAGGGGGCACGUGAGCUUGGGGCACGCUACGGCGCCUGGGUGCACGCGGUGGAGCAGUACUACAUGUCGUCUCUGCAGAUCAAGGCCGAGGAGCGCGGCAUCUACCUCGGGCGCGGCGAGGAGGUCAGGUCCAAGAAGGGCAAGACCAAGCUCGGCAUCGGCGUCAGCGCCGACCUGGAUCAGUCAAUCAGGUGGUGGGGCACGCUGGCGUCGUACCUGGUCGAGUUGCAGCGCUGCGAGGGCAAGGGGCAACGAGCGCAGCGGCUACGUGACGACUGCAGAGCACUCAGCAGCACGAUGCCUAGUGGCGACAUCAUCAAGAUGACGGCGAAACAGAAGAGGAAGCGCCGAGUGGCUCUCAGCGGCAUACACGGCAUGUCCAGCGGCAAGUUGCACCGCAAGACGAAGGACAAGCCGAGGUGCGACAAUGAGGUGCGCAGCCAGGGCGUCACCGCAUCGGACAUGGUGGAGUACAUGGACGCGAAGGGCGCAGUGUGGAGCAAGAAGUGGAAGAGCAACUUCAGCACGCAGGCAAUGUUGCAGCGCCUGGAGCAGUCUCGCAAGGCGGCUAUGGAGGAGGACUGGGCGCCCAUCACUACCGAGAGCCUCAACGUUGCCAUCGACACGAUGGCGAAGAGCAAGACGAAGGGCGUAGAGCAGAUGGGCGCCCUGGCUUCCAAGUGGCUGCCCCCAGAAGCCAGGGAGGAGUUGCGCAUCAUCAUCGAGGAGGUCGAGCGCACUGGCACAUGGCCGUGGCAGCUGAUGGUCACGCUCGUCAGCUUGCUGCGCAAAGAUGCAGGAGGAGACAGGGCGAUUGGGCUGCUGCCCGAAGUGGUCAAGCUCUGGUCAAAGGUGCGAAGCGAGUUCACCAACGAGUGGGUCGUCGCCAUGGCGGGGAAGUGGGAUGCAGCGAUCGCGGGUAACAGCGCUCUCAAGGAGGCCCUCGUUCGCUCCUUCUCCGACGAGGUGAUUGAGUGGAUGCCAGUGAAGAUCUACUCGGUGACAGCGCUGUGGGACCUGGCGGAGUUCUACGACACUCUUGAGCCCCUCCUCAUCCUGGACGAGGGGCUCAGGCUGGGGCUUCCAGCUCGCGCUUUGCACCUGGAGAUGCUGAGCCACCUAAGUGCACGCCUCAUCAGAGAGAAGACGGCUUACGCAGAGCCGAUCGCGCCCGACAGGUCUAUUUGCGCGGGCGCGAGGCGGGGCAUCGACUUCGGCAGGGUCGCGCUUUACGCCGUGCUGGAGCGGGUGAGCACAACGUACGAGCAGGUACGAGUGCGAUCGUGGGUCGACGACGUCACGACGAGGAUGGAGGGCUCCAAGAAGGAGGUGAUCAAGCAGUUGACGGGCGCGGGUGUGGAGUUCGCAGCUGGAGUGAAGAAGUCGAAGCUGACGCUCCCCACCAAGUCGGCGCUGAUCGGCAACGACAUGGACGUGGUGAAGGAAGUGGCCCUCAAGCUGAGGGCGCGCAUGGUAACGGUGAAGGUAAGGAGUCAAGCGCCCGACUUGGGCAUCGACCGAGGCCACAGCACCGCGGGCGGCAAGGGCAAGCACGCGAGGAGGGUGGCGCAUGCAGACAGACAAGUAGCGCGUACCCUGAAGAUGGCGCGCAGUGGCAGGCGCGCCAGAGGCGGCGCACGGGCAGUGGUGCAGCGCGGGUCCUUGCCGCGCGCCGCCUACUCGUGCAAGGUGUUCGGGAUGGCACCCAGCACCGCGCUGAAGUGGAGGAGGAGGCUAGCAACGGCCAUCGCCCCGAGGCUGCGGGGGAGGUGUCUCGCGACGCUACUCAGCAUCGAGAUUGCGAAGGGGGACCCCGCGUUCGGAGCCGUUUUCGCGCUGCUGGACUCGUGGAUGCACAUCAUCAGUGACAAGUUGAGGAGGCAGAAGGUCAGCAUCAUCUGGCCGCGGAUCGUCGAGAAGGUGUCGAAGCUGGACCCGAAGAAGCGCUGGAAGGGUGUGACGGGCAUUACCAGAGCGAUGGUCAACACCCUGCUGGACUUGGGCUGGUCAAUGCUGGGGCCGUGGCACUGGGUCUCGGACGACGGCGAGGAGUUCGGCAGCGACGACCCCUCGGCGCUCGACGGCGGCGUGGACACCAGCGACUUGAAGCAGGCGAUCGCCAGUACUAUCGAGAGGGAGCAGUGGCAGCAGGCGGCCAAGCACUACGCGGGAGGCGGCAUGGAGGCGGGCGCGGACAUGCGCUCAGCGAGGUCGCUCAUCAAGAAGCUCAAGAGGAAGGGCGAUCAUGACAAGGUCGGCGCGCAUUUGGCGUGCAUGACGGGCGGAGUCUGGACGAGGCAGCGUGUGGCAGAUCUCGGGCUGGAGAUCGAGGAUGUCACGUGCCCGCGAUGUGGCGAAGCACCAGAAACCUGGCAGCACCGCAUGUGGGAAUGCAAGUGUAACGAGCUGAUCGAGGAGUGCCAGAAGUCCAAGCACUUAGAGGAGAAGGCCGUGAGGGGCGUCGAGGAGGUGCCGUGCCUGUGGCUCAGAGGCAUUUUGCCGAAGAGCUGGACGCAGAUCCCACCCCCACCUGAGCCAGGGACAGAGAUGUGGGAGCAGUUCGGCAACCUGGAACGUCUCAGGGUCACUGCCCCCUCAGGCACGCACCGCCCGCCCUCCCAGCCCGUUCGGCAAUGGAGGGCAGGGAGUACCGACCUGGGGGAGGCCAACCCUGAGGACGACGGAGGCUGGCUCAUUGCUGCAGGCGACGCAUCGGGCGGCGAGUACACCAUGGACCCCAGGCUGAGACGGGUGGCUUGGGGCUGGGUCGUGAUGCAGCCAGAAAACGUGAACGAGCCGAUGGUGGUGGCAGGAGCGCGCGCCGCUCUGGGCGGCUGGCGGCAGAGCGUCAACCGCGGCGAGCUGACGGCGCUGAAGGAGCUGAUGGUGGCCACCGCCAACUACAAGAGAGUGCAGUACAUCGCGGACUCGUCCUACGUCAUGCGCGGAGUCGAGAAGUUACGCAGAGGGAAGAUGCCCAAGACUCACAUCGACCUAUGGAACGAGCUGAAGGUGGCCAUGGUCGGCAGAGAGCUGUGGAUGAUCAAGGUCGAGAGCCACAUGUCCGCGGUCGAGGCAGUGGCGGCAGGCAUCGACCCGAUCAGCUACCUGGGCAACUCGUUAGCGGACAGCUUCGUGGACGGCAUCAUCGAGCGGGUGCAGGUGGCGCGCGGAGACGCACUCAGGGUCGGCUGGUGUGACGGGAUCGCCUCGCUGAUCAGGAGCAGGGGAUACGCGACGCUGAUGGCGGCGAUCGAAGUGGAGCCGUCGAUGGCGCCAAGCAGACCACAGCGCCACGAGGCGUACCUCAAGAAGCAGAGGAGGAAGGAGCGCCUCACCAACACGCAGCACGUGAUCGAGGAAGCCAAUGACGGCAAGCAGUUCCGUUGCACGCGGUGCGGGAGCCUGGUGCCUGUCGUUGGCGCGGACACAGACAAGUGGCUGGAGGGCAAGUGCGUGGAGCUGGUGCGCGAGCAGGCGUCGGAGUUCGGCGCCUUGUCCCUGGGUGUGCAGGUCGGCCACCAGAGGGCGCACCCCUCCCACCAGCUGAACUACAACGAGGAGCUCGGCUUGCACUACUGCCUCAAGUGCGGGUGCAUCGCACGGGAGAACAUGCGUUCGCUCGCGAUGGGGUGCGGGGAGCUGAAGCAGAUGGGCAAGCAGAACCUGUCGCAGAUCAAGAAGGGGCUCCAGCCGGGCACGAGCAAGUUCGCGCGGGACUGGAACCGCAAGAAGAAGGAGGCGCUGGGCUGA